CCCGGGUAUGGCAUACAAUAGCUAGUGCUGUACAAUAUAGUUGAUGCAUAUUUACCAUAAUGUAGUUUAUUGUUAUUGUUAUUGUCUGGAACUGGUAUUUCUUAUAAUCACCAUUAUAGUAUGCGAUGGUGAAAAACACCCAACAUGAUAAAUAAUAAUUGUAUAUUUUUUAGUCAGCACAAAAUUUGUGUUGUAAUGUAAUGACAAGCGGAUUAAUGUGUGACACAGAAUAUGCAUGUUGGGUGUUUUAUUUUUUUGUCUAGUCGCACAGUUUAUUAACUUGUUAAAACUAGCUUAACUACUUAUGUGAUAAACACCAUGGCCAACAGUGCGUCGAGUUUUACCGAGUUUUGGGCACAGAUAUCGAGAACAAUUCAACAGAAUAGUCGGCUUAAACAAGCUAAUUGUAAUGACAAAUCAGUGGCCGAGUUAUGGCCAUCGAGUGAUGGCUGCGAUGAGUCCCCAGAGGUCGUACAUCACGGGCGCGGCGGCCGAAGACAUGAUACUCGCGAUGAUAGCGAUCAGCAGCUGAAGUGUGGCGACCGUACGGCACGUCUUAAACAACUGAUGACAUUAAACGAAAUGUACAAAAACGCGAACAAACUCUUUGAAAAGCCAGUGAUCGCCAGAAGUGCCACCAAUUGUCUGUCCGAAGACCAUAAUAAGCACCGCCGAAGACAGUCAGGACUGUGUGCCGACAGUUUUACUGACACUCAAGACUUGGUCCAUCACUUGAAGACUCGCCACCCGAUCGAUAGCCAGAAGAGUGCCGCCGACGCUGUGCUGACCACCGAUGGCGGUGACAACGACGACAACGAAGAUCGGGAACCGCUGUCGUGUCCCGUUUGCGGCCAGCGAUACAACUGUCGCACGCGGUUCGCGAAGCACGUGAGCGCACACGACGAGUCCAAUCGGUACCCGUGCUCUGCCUGUGACCAGACAUUUGCCAAAGAGUGGACACUCGAGAUACACGUCAACAGAGACCACAAGAGUGUGAAGCCGUUUGUGUGCGAUCUCUGCGGACAACGGUUUUACGCCAACGAGAAACUGUUGAACCACUUGUCAAACAAACACAAACUGCCGGUCUAUGAGUGUCCCGACUGUGACUACAAGACUAACAGCAAGUAUAAGAUGGCCAGACAUAAGCAGAUCCACUCCACAGAUAGCAAGUAUAAGAUGGCCAGACAUAAGCAGAUCCACUCCACAGAUAGGUAUCGGUGCGAUGUCGACGACUGUGGGCUCGUGUUUGAGACCCGAUAUAAUCUGACGAUUCAUAUGAGCGCUCAUAAGAAAAGUGACCAUUUAAUGGACUGGUCGUCCGAUUCGAGCGGCAAUGGAACCAAACAACAGAUAGUUUGCCACAAAAGUGGAGAAAUAUUAGCAAAUAAUUACAAUUUAAGAAAUUACCGCAAAAGCAUGUCUUCAGCUAAUGGAAGCGCUGGUCAUUUAGUUGGAGAUAAUUGCGAUAAAAAUGAUGUAAUCGACGACACACUGGAAUGUAAUUCAGAUGACAUACCUGUGACAGACUUCUUGGAAUUGAAUUAUACAAUUGAAGACAUUGAGGACAGCGAUGGCAAACAAACCGGUGAUGAAGACAAUGAAUUAUCAAUCGAUACAACCAAAUGUGAUAAACAACUAGAAGGUGAUAAUGGAUUAAAUGGCAGAACACAAGUUGUGAUAACAAAUGACAAUAAAUUACAGAAAGCUAUUAAUAAAUCACUUCACAGCAGAUCCGUAACGAAGAACAUAGAUUCAAAUAAUUUGCCACAAAUGCAGCAAAACUCUACUUAUAGUAACAAAAGCGCACAAACUUCGCGGACCCGACCAUCAAAUGGCCAGAAAAACCGUAAAAACUAUUGGCCAAAGAUUAUCAACUCGUAUGAAAAGCGUACAAACUCUUCGUCUGGUAGACAGCGUCAACAGUUCCUGUGCUCUGUCGAGGAAUGUCUUAAGCGAUUCACGAGCGAUCACGAGCUUCGGGAUCACCUGAAAGCGGUUCACAAACUUUUUCAUUGCAAUAAAUGCGAGAAAUGUUUCCGCAGUUUGAGUGGUGUUAUCCGCCAUAAGAAGAGAUGCCACGCAAGCGCUCAACUGAUCCGAUGCCCAUUUUGUACCAAAAACUUCUACUACAAGACGUCGUACGAGAAACACAUGCGAACGCACGCCGAAUGGGAUCAACUCGACGGUGACCGCGAUGUUGGCAACUCUAAUAACACUACUGGCGAUGAUACAGAUGACGAUCGCCACCACGGGAUCAAAGAGUCGGUCGACACUUAUGUCUGCGAACAAUUGGAUGACAAACUGGUCACAAAGGAACAGCUGAUGAAGCGUAUGGUGAGUGCACACCAAACGCCGGCCAAUAUCUUCGACUAUAAGGCUUUCAAUAGUAAACUCUUGACCACUCAUGUGAACCGUUACUCGCGGCCGAAGCCCAAGAAAUCAACGAAAAUACAACGAAACUUUGUAAACAGUUUAUCACCGAAUAACCAAUUGUCAGCUGAUCUUAUCAGUGAUAAUAAUGAUGGCAAUACCGGCGGUCAAAAGACCGCUUAUCAGAAGACUUUGGAAUCGAUUGAUGAGUUGAACAGUUAUUGUGCCGAUAAUAGCUAUGGUGUGGAUAAUGACGAUAGUUGUGGUGAUAGAGAGAGUACCGGUGCUGUCGAUGGCGGUGGUAGUGAUGAUAAUGGUGUGGACACUGGGAAUAGCGGUGUACAGAAUCUGCUAUGUUUUGACUGCAAUCAUACGUUCAGCUCAUAUGAUAUGCUUUACAGACAUAAUAAUCAAAUGCAUAGUAAAAAACAUCGGCCGAGGAUUAAGUGA